CCAUGAUUUUUAAGGUGUUGUCAUGGCCAUUGUGCAAUAAAUGUGUAAUGUGAAAGCCCUUCCAUUGCAGAGAUGGCUCAGAUAAUGGUGAUUUUUCUAUUUCCAGAGCGGAAACAAUGGAACUCUUUUCUCUCCAUGACGUCUGUGACAUCUGUGCGGUUGUUUAUACCAAGUCCACGGAGAGAAUUAUUUCACCCAUGGCUGCUGAACUUUACCAUUUAAUUUUAGCAACGGAACUAGGAGAAGUGAACCGUGAAGGGUUUUCUGGUUUAGAAAAGACCGCGGAAGAGUUAGCUGUGGCUACAGAAGAGCUGGCUUGUAGUGCAAAGAGGCUGGCCGAGGAAUCUGAGGAUGAGGUAUUUCAGCAGGAAAUGAUCCCAGCGGCCGAAUCUCUCCUGAUCUCAGGGAAAAACAUCCUUCUGGUGGCACAGAAGCUCCAGAUUCAACCUUCCGCUGAUAACUGUAUUGGGGAAUUGGCUGAAUCCACGAAAAAGAUUCUUUUGGAAACCAUAAAAGUCCUCCAAACAAAAGACAAUGCGGCAGUCAGGAAGAUAAUCCAAACUGCCUCUUGGUUCUUGGACUGCCUGGUCAUGCUUGAGUCGGCUGAAGAUACAUCGGCAAUGCUGGCUGCUUUCCACACUUUUUCAGAGGCUUCCUUGUUGCUCACCGAUUUGACAGAAAAAUUCCUCUGGGAUCUUAAAGAUUCUGCUCAUCAGGAGCAUGUGGCUCAGUGCCUGCAAAUACUUAAAAACUGCACUGCUAUGCUACACACAGCAAAACUCAAUAACCUAAAGUACCCCGGGGAUCAUCAAGUGAAACUAUCCAAAAGUUAUGUUUUUGAUUUGGCAAAAAACACAACCGAGGAGUUGAUCUCCCUGCUGAGGAAUAAUGUGGGGACCAAGAGGCUAAGUGAAAGAAAUGGCCUAUUUUCCCAGCAUUUGCAUAAGCUUUUGAGCCUCCUAUCCAGCCCAGAGCCUAUUGAUUUACAGGAGGGAAAUGUCCACAUAGAAGCACUGGUUUCCUUCUGCAUGCUGCUAGCAGAUUCAUCAAGAGCGGAUCAAAAGGUGAAGUUGAUCAGACUCUGCCAUCAUCUCCUGAAAUCCAGAAAGGCCAUUGAGGUGGGCAAGACUAUUGGCUUCCCAAUGGAAAACCAGAUAGAAGAGAAGGAUUUUACCAUGAAAACUAUUUUAGGAAAUCUUGAUCAAGCAGUGCAUACUGCUGUUCUUUAUCAGAUACUAGAUAGCUUUUCUGAUACUAAUGGACCACUGCAGAGAUUGACAGAAGCUGCUCUACAAUCACAUUCUUUAGGGAAUGGAGGACUCUUAAGGAAACUGAAGCCUCUUAUUACUGAAUUCUUCAGUUAUUCCCAUCAAAUGCUCAAAGGAGCUAAUUUUGUCCUUGCCACGUGCACUGAAAUAGAAACCAUACAAGACAUUAAAGAUUGUGUUGGCCUUUUGGGCAAACUUCUUGCCAAAGUGCCUACCCUACUCAGUGAAAUGAGCCAGCAUCCUGGCCAUGGGAGAAUGGCUGAAAAGUUAGACUUCUUGUGUCAAUCAUGGUCUAGCACAAUGGAAAGUUUGCUGAUGUGUUUUGAGAAAGUGGUUGAUCUACGUGAAUUUCUUGACCUAGGAAUUCAAGAGAUGGUGGAACUCAAAAAGAAGAGUGAGGAAGCUUUAGCAAAUCAGCACUUUGGAGAAUUUUCUUGCCAUGCCUCCAGUCUUUCCAAACAAGCUACACAAGUAGUUGAGUUUGUUAUCAGACACGUGGAUAGAGCCAGGGACCCUAUUUUCCGGAAUGGGCUGCUUGUUUUAGUUAAGCAACUCGAACGGGCCAUAUUGCAAGUGAAAGCUGCCAUACGUCUGUGUAGGACAAGAAUUUGUAGUCAGGAAGCCAAAGAUGAAUAUUUGAAGAAGGUGGAAGAAGUGAUUGAGUCAACAUAUAAUGUCAGAAUGGGACUAGAUGAAUGCAAUCAGCCAGAUAUCCUCAGCCCUCUUCGUUUAGGUGUAAGGAAUCUCAACAUUUCCAAAGAUUCUCCCUCUAGCUCCCCUGUACAGGAUCUGGCAGAGGGUGAUGAACAUGACAGUACUGAACAAAACAGUUCAAACAAUUCAGAAUUAAUGGCAGCAUUGUCAGGCAAAUCUCUUCCCGCCUCUUGUCCUUCGCAGAGAAUCUCUACAAGCAGUAUUUCAUUCUGUGAAAGUGCAAUGGGAAAAGUGGAUUUACAUCCUCUGAUCACAGAGCUUCUGACAACAGUUGAAGCACACAACACCACACAGCUGAACAGUGUUUGUUCUAAUUUGUUGGAGUUUUCCAACUGUUGUGUUGAUGCAUCUAAAGAGGCCUUAAAAGUUGCCAAGUCGCCUGAGUCAGAAAAACUCCUGCAUUACAGAGAAAUAGUGGCAUUAAUACCUAGUCUAAUCAGCUUAGUCAAAGGUGUAGAUCCAAACCAUUCUCCUGAAUCAGAGAAACUCCUGCAAACAGCAGCUUUGCUCUCAGAGAAAUUUGAUGAAGUUAAGCAAUGCCUGAUGAUAGUUGCAAGCUCUUGGUACCCCUUUGCCAAGCAGCUGUUUUGCAAUAUCUCUGGAUCUGAUCUUGUGGUCAGCAAGCAAAAAUUUGAUGAGAUAAUUGAGACUUUAGGGAAUAUUGUUCAACUGGCUGGCAAAGAUGCUCAUACAGAUUGUAAGAACGAGCAGGCAGAGUUUCCCAGAAAUUAUGAAUGUUUUCUGCAACUUCAGGAUACAUUCACUUGUGUACAAGCCAGAACAAAACACUUGCUUGACAAGGCUUCCAUGGUCAAUAAGGCUCACUCUGACAUUAAUCAGCUGGAAAACUUUGAUAUAACCUGCAUUCUUUGGUCUGUCACCAUCCAAGCUUUCCUGAACUAUUUAGAUCAAUUUAUGAGAAGAGAUGCAUUGUCCUUAAGUGAUUCAAAAGCCAAGAUGGGACACCAACUUCCUUUGCAGAGCACCAUGGCAGUGCUGUCAGAGACUACUCUGAGAAUACAAGAAGCCACCAGACUGUCACUUCUGCCUUGUGCUGGACAUGAUAAUGAGAAUGAAAUUAUAGUGCUAAGGGAGCAGAUGAAAACACUGAUGGCAUCUCUGCUUCAUGUUGCAAAUGCUCUUUCUGCCCCUCCGCUGCCUUCCCCAGAUUUGUCAGUCCGUUUUCAGCUUCUCCAAAGGCAACUGGCCAUAACAACCAAAGUCCUUCUGCUUCAGCUGAAUGUAGUCAAUGGAGAAUUCCUCAGCAGCAUCCAGAACUUCAUCCGACUAGCCCAAGUUGUGUCUUGUGACAGUGAAAGUGACUUUGGUGUAAUCAACAAGGAGGACUUCGAAAAAGAUGCAGGGCUGUUUGUGGAAAAUAUCCAGAUGGUCAAAGAUAUAAUCAGAGAUGCCCCAGAAAACCCUUCUUCCUCAAAGGUGAAAGAAAAUUUACUUUCUACCGUUGAGCAUCUCGUUCUCCUUACUGAUGAAGUGAUAAGAAGAACUGGGAGACUUCAAAGUCAGGUAGACAAGGAACAUCUCCUGGCGGACAGUAUUCUGCACGAGUGGUCGGCUAGAGCUGCUUAUCUUGUAAGGCAGCUUCAGUCCACGAAAAGCGUCAGCAAAAGAGCCGUUGAACGUAUUAGGAGAUGCUUGAAACAUAGUAAGGAAUAUAUUCAUUCCCGUCAAGCUUUCUAUGGAACACAGUCUCUCCUACAAGAGGACAGGGAUAGUGGGAGGCAUCAAGACCUUGAAACUUCAACACACAAGAUCACUAAAAUCAACCAAGAAGUUUCAUUUAUCAAGGACACCAACAAAACGGAGUCUGACCAGUAUAUUAAUUAUGGAUCUCCUGCUGAGACAUCUGCCAAGAAAGAGCAGGUUGGAGUUACUGAGGAAGAAAACAUAGACCAGCACUAUGGAGAUCCUCAAAGUGAGUUUCAGCCCAGUCAAACAAUGGAAAACUCAAGAACCAGUCCUUCCUCUUUGGUGGGAGAUUCCAAAAAGUGGCAACACACUGGCUGUCCAAUUUCACAGGUCAUGAAGCAAAUGACAACUCAGAUGUCCUACAUGGCUCAGUUCCUGAAAAGGAGAGGACCACUUACGGUAUUUCCUCUCUGCCUCUUUCUUCUGACAAAGACCAAGGAACAGCUCAUUGCCUCUGCUGCAGAAAUAAUUUCUGGAGGACAAGUUUUGGUGAAGUUUGCCAGCAUUGUUGCAAAGAACUGCCGAGAUGAAAGAUGUGCAACCGAACUGCUGCAUGCGGUGGAACAAACCAGGACAAUCAGCUAUCAACUCAGCAUUGUUUCCAGGGUUAAUGCAUCAACUGGCAGGAGCCGGUCAUCAGCAGAACACCUUGUGAGCAAUGCGCAGAACCUAAUCCACGUGGCUCUUCAGAUGUUAAAGAUGGCAGAAGUAGCUUGUGUCAAAUGUUCGCAACAGGCACCCCCAGACUCAGAAGAAGCUGACGUAGCUGCAUUUUGCAGCCAAUGGAGGAAAUGCCUUUGGUGGCACAGAUUCAAGGAAUCCCUGAACUCAGAAAGAGAUGAAUUGGGACUGCGCAAAACUGCAUCGUGGCCUGAGCCUACCUUCACAUCGAUGGCCCAAGAAGUCUCUGCUCCGUAGUCAUAUUCCAGUCCUGCUGAAAGAAGUACUGACUAUUGGAGAUAUGAAAUAAAACUCAUAAGCAAAAUGGUCACUAGAUGGGCUAGGCUACUGAAUACCUUCCAGAUGUUUUGGAUUACAGGACUCCUUCAUCCCUAUCUAUUGGCCAGGGCUAGAAUUGACUAGUGGGGAAAAUAGACAUCUAGAUGCAAUUGGACUAUUUAACUAUGAUUUAUAGAAAUAGUUUCCGAAGAAAGCUUACAGAUGCAGGAUUAAAUGUGCCAGCUCCAACACUCUUUAAGUCUUUGCCCUGCCUGUCUCUCUUGAGUUGCUUCCAACUUUCCUCAGCCUUUUUCUCCUUUUCCUUUCCCAUCACCCUCAUAAUCACCGAUAUUUAUGCCAGCAGGCCAGAAGCCUAUUGGUAUCGUGUGGAUGUAUUUUCCCUUGAUGUGGAACAUACUGGAUUUGGCUGGAUCAUUAUUCUCACUUGUUUUUAUAACUAGGGGCUGUUAUGGCAGAGAAAUGUUAAAUGGAAUAAAUUCUUCCAAAAAAUCUGACCCUUAUUUCACCCUUCUCUAGGAUUAAAUAGGGAUUUCCUAGAGGAGGGCUAAAUUGAAUGAAGAGAUUCAUUUGCCUGUCAGAUAUUUCUGGAGAAUAUUUGAGAAGACUGCUUAGAAUUCUGCUCUUUGAAACUCCUCUUUAGUGCCAUCCUGUGGCCUGUUAAUAAAACAUAAAAGUAAGCAGAAACAAGACUGGAACAUUUGGAUGACAAUCUGGAAAGGUCUGAGCAUACAUGUUGCCCUUUUGCCUGAAAUAACAUACCUGCCCUUUAGAUGGAGAGGGUUUUGGCAGAGAGGGGUUGUACAGUUGGAAGCUCUGGCCUCUGACUACACCAGUGGCUUUGGAGUUAUGCACUGGGAAGAGUAAAGCACUCUUGGGAAGAAACAAACAAGGGAAAAUCCAUAUAUAGGGUUGUAUCCAGCACUACCAUUCCAUGAAAGGAAAGGGGAACCAAUUUUCACUAUUUCUUAUUCCUUUUCUCUUAGUUAUUGUGCUCUCAAGGUUGAUAGGCAUUCUGUGAUAUUGUGCAACUUGGCAAGAAUGUCUGCAACAGGAGAAAAAGGAAAUAUGCAAUGCAUUUUUU